AUGGCGGAUGUGGAAUCACUAGAAGGUACUUACAAAAUGAUUAAAGCGUCAUUUGAUGCAAUUCACAAGUUUAUAGCAGAAUUCCGUGAGGGUGAUAAUAUUAAGGCACUUUCAGUUCGGAAGCAGAAACUCGUGGAGCGAUGCCAUAGUUGGGAUGAGACAUACGUACAGCUUAAUAGUAUUUCCCCAGGUGUGUACACUAAAGAAUAUUUAAGGUACUCUGAUUUAUAUUUCGAUAUGAUGGCGGAUAUUGAAACUAUUAUUGACCGUCAUCAAAAACCGGCUACAAAAUCAUCUAACACUUUGAUGGAUGUGAAAUUGCCAGACAUUGUCUUACCUAAAUUCAAUGGGGAAUAUAGUGAAUGGACAGCAUUCAUUGACAUUUUUAAUUCGCUUAUCCACAAUAAUUCAAAGCUUUCACCUGUACAGAAAUUGCACUAUUUGAAAGGUGCUCUCACUUCGUCGGCAUUGGAAUUAAUCUCUACAAUAAGUAUCACGAAUGAAAAUUAUGAAAUAGCAUAUAAUUUAGUUGUGAAAACCUUCAGUAAUAAAUUAUUGAUCAUCAAUGCUCAUUUGCAGAGCAUUGAAAAUAUUCGAAGUAUUCACAAAGGCUCAUUUGAAAAUUUGAGAGCCCUUUUAAAUGGUGCAAGGCAACAGGUGCAAUCUUUAAAAGCUUUCUUUGAACCCGCAGAGCAUUGGGACAUUGUCUUGCUGCAUAUGUUGAGCAGAAAGCUUGACAGUAGUACGAAGGUGGCUUGGAAUCUGUCUCGAGCGUCAGGGCAGUUACCUACAUUGGUUGAGUUCUUUACAUUUCUUGAACUUAGGGUAACUGCUCUUGAGCAUUCGUGUAGUUCAGACAGCAAACCAACCAUCACGAAGUCAGUUCACACAAUUGUCAAGAAACCUGCUCAAUUAUGCUCUCAUUGCAAGGAAGAUGACCAUAUGCUCUAUCAGUGCUCUUCCUUUAAGGCACUUGAUAUUAAGGCACGCAAAGCCUUUAUUAAUAAACUUUCCAUCUGCUCGCGUUGUUUGGCUUCUCGACAUAAUGUAGCUAAAUGCAAAUUCAGAUAUACGUGUACAAAAUGUAAAGAACCACACAAUGCUCUGUUGCAUGAGGAACCUGAGCCUAAGCCCAGUACUUCUAGUAGCACAGUAUGUAUGGCCAGUACAGGAAUGCAGACUUUGUUGUCAACGGUUUCUCUUGUUGUUAUUGACUCAGAUGGAACCCAACAUAAGGUACGGGCUUUGCUUGAUAGUGGCUCGCAAAUUAAUUUAAUAACGACUUCCUUACUUGCCAAGUUAAAAUGUCCGGUCAGCUCGUCAUUUCACAAGUUAAGUAUGUUGCAAGGGCAGAGUGUGCUUUGUGAUAAGUCUGUCAAGCUGACUAUAAAGUCAAGGGUAGGAGUCUUUGCGCGCACUAUCAAUUGUGUGGCUGUAGACAGAAUUACACAAUUGUUACCGUCUGCUUAUAUAGAGUAUGAUGGCUGGAAGAUUCCAGACCAUGUUUCGCUGGCAGACCCCAUGUUUAACGUUCCAGGUGCAGUUGAUAUGCUGAUUGGAGUUGAACUAUAUUUUGAAGUUUUACAGCAGGGGUGCAUUCGCUUAGGUAAUCAUCUUCCCAUUCUUAGGAAAAGUUGCUUUGGGUGGCUGAUUUCUGGUGUAUACGCAUCAGAAAUGCAGAGCCGUGCACAUGUUGGCUUCAUUUCCAAUGAAGAUCUUCAUGAUAGUCUGACAAAGUUCUGGCAGUUAGAGGAGGUAUCCUCUAAUUACACAAUGACUGGGUCAGACAAAGCAUGUGAGGAUCAUUUCAUUGCAAAUGUAGCUAGACUUGAGAAUGGGCAGUUUGAGGUGGCUUUGCCAUUUGUAGAUAACCAAAUAGAUAAGCUGGGAUCGUCAUUCGCUGUUGCCAAAUAUAGAUUUUUGAACCUGGAGAGGCGGUUUGCCAAGGACAAUGCCUUGUUCACGGCCUACUCUAAUUUUGUUAAAGCUUAUAUCGACUUAGGUCAUGCUGAGGAGAUGGUGCUGACACUGGAGGAAGCUGCUAAGAAUAAGUACUAUUUUUUGCCGCAUCAUCCAGUGGUCAAAGAUAAUAACUUUGACAAAAUUAGAGUAGUGUUUGACGCAUCGGCCAAGUCAACUUCAGGCAUAUCUUUAAAUAAUAUUCUGCACACAGGACCGAAGCUGCAACAAGAUUUAUUUUCUAUUCUAGUUCGCUUUAGGUGUCAUCAAUUUGUUUUUGUGGCAGAUAUUAUAAAAAUGUAUCGGCAAAUAAGAGUCAGGGAAGCAGACCAAAAUUAUCAAAUUAUCCUAUGGAGGGAAACACCCCAGGACACCCUAAAAUUCUUUAAAUUGACUACCGUGACUUAUGGCACUGCUAGCGCCCCGUAUUUAGCUAUGCGCUGUUUGAAGAUGCUUGCGCAAAAUAAUAUGACAACAUUCACACAGGCAGCGCUGGCUAUAGAAGGGGACUGCUAUGUAGAUGACAUAAUCACUGGAGCAGAUUCAGCUGUCGAAUUAGUUAGGUUGCAAAGGGAUGUUGUUGAACUUUUAGGUAAAGGAGGCUUUUCCUUACAUAAAUGGUCUAGCAAUUGUAGAGAAGUGUUGAGGUCAGUACCUAAAGAAAAUCAAAGUUCUGCCAUGGCGUUAUUUUCUGAGGUAGACACUGUCAAAACCCUCGGUCUUGCAUGGAACCCCUGUCAGGAUUGCUUCAAAAUUUCGCAUAUUAAGGUAGGGGAGACGGAGGUUAGAAAGGGCUUUGACACAAAACGGUCGGUACUGUCCACCAUUGCACAGAUCUAUGAUCCCAUUGGUCUUAUUUCUCCAGUAUCUGUGACCGCUAAGUUGAUUAUGCAGGAGUUGUGGAGGCAGAAUCUUGGCUGGGAUGAGUCUUUGCCACAAGAGUUGCAAGAUAGAUGGGUACUGUUCAAAAGGCAUCUCGCUGAUUUGGACAACCUUAUCAUCCCACGAAAGAUCUUUGAUUCAAUUCCUGUGACGAUCCAAUGUCAUGGAUUUUCAGAUGCAUCAUUAUAUGCAUAUGGUGCUUGUAUAUACCUUCGGGCUACCUAUGCAGAUGGCACAACGUCUUCGAGAUUGCUUUGCUCGAAGUCUAAGGUAGCGCCGUUAAAAAAUGUUACUUUGCCCAGAUUGGAGUUAUCGGCAGCUUUGCUUUUAGCAAAGCUUUAUAGGCAGAUAAUGACAAUCACAAAAAUACAAAUUUCUGAAUCGUUUUUGUGGUGUGACUCCACCAUUGUAUUAGCUUGGUUGAAGACAGAUCCCGCUCUAUUAAAAAUGUUUGUCAGUAAUAGAGUUGCUGAGAUUCUGGAUCUUACACCAGGCAUCGCUUGGAGACAUGUCGGCAGUAAAGACAAUUCUGCAGACAUAGUUUCAAGGGGUGUAAAAACACCAUUGGAAUUGGUAGAAUGCAAUUUGUGGUGGAAUGGACCAGCCUGGCUAGUAGAAGAAUCUUGUAAAUGGCCGAAUAGACCUGCAGAUGUUGUAAAGGAAGAAGCUAUUCCGGAGCGCCGAGUACUUGCAACAACUGAGGUCAAUAUUGACGAUAGUUUUUUGGACCAUUUAGUAGAAAGGUUUUCCAAAUUCAAUAAAAUAGUCAGGGUGGUUGCAUAUUGCUUUCGGUGGUUCAAAAUAUUUCGCUCUCGAAAACCAGAUGGACAACCGGUAUCAGAUGUCUUGUCUGUUGACGAUUUAAGGGAAGCCUCCAGACGCAUUUUUUACUUAGCCCAAAGGAAAGUUUUUGGUAAUAUCCCUGAUCAGUUGAUGUCCGGUGAGUUGUCCAGUACAUCUUUAGGAAAGCUGAAGGCGUUAAAUCCCUUUGUGGACGCCGAAGGCUUACUAAGAGUAGGUGGUCGACUAGAGAAUGCGGAUAUUAGUUAUGACCAAAAACACCCAAUCAUUUUACCAAAGGCCAAUUUGGCCAUUGACAUUUUCAUUCGGUCAGAGCAUGAACGUUUGCUACAUGCUGGUACCCAAACAACUUUAGCAAACAUCAGGUUAAAAUACUGGCCUAUAGAUGGUCGCAAUACUGUCAAGCGCAUAAUACACAAAUGUGUAAAGUGUGCUCGGUUUAGGGCUACUUGUGCAGAGCAGUUAAUGGGAAGUUUGCCAAAAGACCGGGUCACUGCUUACAGGCCAUUUCAGAUUGUAGGAGUGGAUUUUGCAGGGCCAGUGUUACUGAGAGCUAGUCGAUUGAGGAAGGCACCUCGCAUUAAAGCCUAUAUAUCCCUGUUUGUUUGUAUGGCCACUAAGGCCAUCCAUAUUGAAUUAGUGUCUGGAUUAUCGACAGACGCCUUUUUAUCGGCUUUACGUCGUUUUAUAUCAAGACGUGGGUGCUGUUCAGUCAUCCACAGCGACAACGGGAGAAACUUUGUAGGCGCAAAGUCUGAAUUGCGGCAAUUAGCUACAUUAUUUCAGUCCGAUAAGUCAAAAGGGGAAUUAAUCACUGCGUCAUCGAAUUUAGGUAUUACAUGGCAAUUCACGCCUUCCCAUGCUCCUCAUUUUGGAGGAUUAUGGGAAGGAUCUAUCAAAGUGAUGAAACAUCACAUCAGAAGAAUUAUCGGGUCUCAUUGCCUCACAUUUGAGGAAUAUACAACGCUUUUAUGUCAAAUCGAAGCUGUACUAAACUCUCGACCUAUUCUCGCCCUUACGGAUGACAGCACCGAUAUAGCUUACAUCAGUCCGGGGCACUUCAUUAUUGGAAGUGCAUUAACAGCCUUUCCAGAACCUUUUAGUGAUGCAUCCAAAGUUAAGCCAAUUAAAUUAUUUAAACAAAUAUCAUCUAUGCGUGACCAAUUUUGGUCACUUUGGUCAAAACAAUACCUUAAUGAUUUACAAAAAAGAAAUAAAUGGACACAGGUCCAACCAAAUAUUAAUUUAAAUGCAAUAGUGUUGUUAAAGGAGGACAAUUUGCCUCCAUUACAUUGGCCCGUUGGGCGUGUAAUAGACACCAAGCCAGGCCAAGAUGGCAAAGUUAGAGUAGUGACAGUCAAAACUAGUAGUGGGACAUAUACUCGUCCAGUUACAAAAAUUGUUAUACUACCCUGUCAAUAG